CGGAGUGGGGGAGAGUUUAUAAAACGUCUCUGCUUUAAUCCCACAUUUUCAGCAGCAACGCCCGAGUGUUUGCAGACGGACCGGGACCAGAAGAACCAGAACCAGGAGAUGGACCAGAACCAGAACCAGGAGAUGGACCAGAACCAGAACCAGAACCAGGACUCCUCAUCCAGCAGGACUAAAGCUGCUGGUCUGCAGAAUCCUAAAGGUAGACCCCAAAGAUACUGCUGUGAUCAUUGCGAGCAAGUCUUCACCACUUCAUCAAACCUGAAGAGGCAUAAGAAAACUCACACUGGUGAUAAACCAUACAGCUGUGGUCACUGCGGGGUGGCUUUUACCCGACAAUUUAAUCUAAUAAACCACCAACGUAUUCACACUGGAGGAGACAAGCCUUACAGGUGUGAUCAGUGUGGAGCAGCUUUUGCCCAAAAAGGUUCUCUAACGAGUCACCAAAGCAUUCACACUGGAGACAAGCCUUACAGGUGUGAUCAGUGUGGAGCGGCUUUUGCCGCGCAAGGUUCCCUAACGAGUCACCAACGUAUUCACACUGGAGACAAGCCUUACAGGUGUGAUCAGUGUGGAGCGGCUUUUGCCCGGAAAAGUGAUCUUACAAGUCACCAACGUAUUCACACUGGAGACAAGCCUUACAGGUGUGAUCAGUGUGGAGCGGCUUUUGCCCACCAAAGUUCUGUAACGACUCACCAACGAAUUCACACUGGAGACAAGCCUUACAGGUGUGAUCAGUGUGGAGCAGCUUUUUCCCAGCAAGGUGCUCUAAGGAGACAUCAACGUAUUCACACUGGAGACAAGCCUUACAGGUGUGAUCAGUGUGGAGUGGAUUUUGCCCGGCAAAGUGGUUUAAGGAGACACCAACGUAUUCACACUGGAGACAAGCCUUACAGGUGUGAUCAGUGUGGAGCGGCUUUUGCCCACCAAAGUUCUCUAACGACUCACCAAUUCUUCGAGCAGGAGGUUCCACCCCCGUUCCAGGGAUCUGGUCUUGUUCCGGACUGGGCCUGUGUGGCUCUGACGCAGACCCGGCUCACCCCGUACAUCUUGGACGUGCUGCAGCUGCAGAGGAUAUCACUGGGCUUCGCCGUGCAGCCCCGGAAUCGGCCCAGCGUGUAUGCAAUCUCCAGGCCGAUCCGGCAGGUGAUGUACGGGCUGCUGUUGGGCGGAGAGAAGUCGCUGAAGGUGAAGGAGCGAGACCGGGACGGUUCCCAGCUGAUAUACGUGCCGGUCCAACCCGCCUUUACUGAAACCAGCAAGAGACUCAGACUCAGCUCGCUGCAUGAGGCGGACUCCUCUGAGCGUCUACUGGUCCUACUGGAAGCACUGGGUGUCACCGAGGAAUCUCUGAGCCUCUUUCCCGAUCAGCUGAAGCUCCCGGUGGCCGUCACCUGCUUCUGGCGGAGGACGGCUCAGCCUCCUACAGACGUGACCCUGCUGAAGGCGCUGCUGCUGGGAAUCAGCAAGGGAGUCGUAACUGGACCCAAUGCAGCGUCUCAGAUGGGAAAUCGUUGUGGUGGAAAGAAGCCGGACAUGGGCGUGGUCUACGCCUUCAACCAAUGGCAGGCCUGCCUGAAGGACAGCGUCCACCUCAACCAGCUGCUGGGCUUCCCUCUGCCGGAGCCGGAGAUCGCACGGUUGUAUCAGGGGACGACGGUCCACCAGCUGGUGGACAGGAUGAGGAGUGGAGGGAGGCUGAGGGACUUCCUGAAGAGAACCAGCGUGGAUCAGUACCACAGGAUGCUGUCUGCGGUCCAAUUACACACUAGCACAGCUCCAGCGGGCCCGGGAGAGCCAGCAAAGAGCGGCGGCCCGGCAGAACCAGCAGAGAGAGACGGCCCGGCAGAACCAGCAGAGAGAGACGGCCCGGCAGAACCAGCAGAGAGAGACGGCCCGGCAGAACCAGCAGAGAGAGGCGGCCCGGCAGAACCAGCAAAGAGAGAUGGCCCGGCAGAACCAGCAGAGAGCCGGGGCCGGCUCCUCUGAUGGAGAAGGUUCUGAUCAUGAUGGUUGAUCAAUAAUCUAUUAUCUUUACUGUGGUCUGGUUUUACUGGUUUAUGAGGAAAGUUCAGGUUCUGGUUCUGUUUUAAUUAUUUCAAAAUCUGUUUUUUACUGGUUACGGGUCAGAUUCUUUUGUAUUACAUAUUUUUAUCUGGGGACUUCAGAACCACCGACGGUGUCACAACUGGACGAACCUGCGGUGACGUCACAGGUUUAACUAGAGGGCUGUUUUUUACGUGUAUUCGAUCAAUUUUAACUUUAGCCCGUCUCCUUGUUGUGAUGGAUUUAUAUGUGAGUCCUUGUUGUUUUAAAGAGUUUAUCAGACUCCUUUAUUGUCAGUUGACACAUUUAAUGAAAUGUUUUUGUAAAAACUUAUAUUGCACUUGUGAGGUUAAUCAACAUUUUUGAAUUAGUUUUGUGCUUAUGAAACCAUUAGAAUCAGAAUCAAGUCAAGUCAGAGAGCUGACUGUGUUUUAGACAUGCUUAUCACAUGUUACCAGUUACAAUAGCCACUCCCUAAACUACUCAGGGGUUUGGGCUGGUCCACAACUGUCUCAUGGUCAGUUGGACAAUUCUGUUGGAAAACCCUCAACAGAAAGGAUGUCUGUUUGCGCUGCAUAACAUAGAUUAGUUGCUCUUCAACUGAAAUGUCCUGUUUAUCUGUUUGUAUCCUCCCAUUGUCCAUCCACUGUCCACCAUUGGUUGUCUUAAAAUGGUCAUGUUCCUGUCAGUUUUUCAAUAAAUACCUCCUGCAAAGAAGGACCCAGCAAGCAUUUGUCGAGAGCAUCCGAGAGGGCCAUGCUCUGCAAGCUCCGACUUUGCUUCCCUUUUGCUCAGAAGGCCUGAACAAUCAUUUCUAACAGUCUCUGUGUCUUUCCUAAGUUAUUAAUUUAUGUAUGUUGAUUUAGGAA